CCUCUCGAUAACAAUUAGUCCUGUUUCGACUGUUCCGCCAGCAACACGUUACCCAUUGUGGCACCGGAAGCCUACCAGUGACGAUAGGAGCGUUAAGCGCCACCGACUAAUAGACCGCACGUGGCUUUCGUGGGAAAUUGUCGUCACAGAUUUGUAAGCUCCGCCGGCCGACGGGAAGAUGGCUAAUCGAAUGGUCAUAUCGUUGUUUGCUAAAGUCACGUGCAGUGCGGCAUUACAGUAGUGAGGAAUGGCACGUGCAAUCAUGUGAAAAUUUAACCGGAAUCAACAGAGUGAAAUUAUCCACUAUCUAGUCAUCGAUUGUGAUAAGUUUAAGAAGUAAUCGUUAAAUUGUAGUGAUUAGUGUAUUAGUGCAUUAUAUAUUGCUUAAGCGAAAAUGUUCUCAAUGGAUACGUUCGAUUUCGAGGCCGUAAUGAGUCGGCAUCUGUUCGAGGGCCCCGCCGUGCAAGCACAUGCACAGCAUCAUCAUCACCAUCAUAGUUUAUUGCAGACGGCCUAUGUAGAUUCCACAACUUCGAAUAGUUCAGAUUACUUUCUGGCCGAUGAUGAAAACACCACCGAUAGCGAUUCGUUUUGUGGAUUCAACAGCGACCAAGAAAACAAUGACGAAAUAAAAGAAAUUUACUCCACCCGAUCGUCAAAGUACCGUCGGCCAAAAUGCGCCUCCCAGCAAGCCCAGCAGCGACAAGCGGCGAACCUCCGCGAGCGCCGCCGCAUGCAAAGCAUCAACGAAGCCUUCGAGGGCCUCCGAACGCACAUCCCAACCCUUCCGUACGAGAAGCGCCUCAGCAAGGUGGACACCCUGAAGCUUGCCAUCAGCUACAUCUCCUUCCUGGGGGAAAUGCUACGGAAGGAUAAAAACGGCAACGAACCGGGCACGGUAAAACGGCCACCCGUGAAGGAACCUCCGAAAAAGUUCAUCGUACGAGGUGGCAGCGGCCAGGUUCACUCCCUUUCGUGGCACCGGAAAGGUGAUCGGCACGCUAAUGGUCGCUAUUUCGCACGGAUCUGGCGACCAGAGGAUCCUCGAAGCAAUCAACGGAACAUCGCAGCUGGCCCAUCGUCCUACACCUCCUCCAAUGGGUUAGUUUAGGCAGGAUGGCGGGCCGUCGUCAUUCGUCACCCCAAAAUUGACGAUACCCCAGAACUAGUCAGACAAUGUGUAAUAAGGCAUGGUUCAUUUAUCAUGGAAAUCAAUCGAUGUGCGUGAAACAAUUCUAGUCGUUUCUUUAAUCUCAUUUAUAUGUUGAAAUAUUGUAAAUAAAUUUUCUUUACUUAAAAUACCAAAGGCGCCGGGUUGCAUCAUUAAU